UUACACAAUGCGCUUCUUCAACAUCACCGAUCGAGUUCCGAUAGAGAGACAUCGGACCUCCAAGAAGCGCUUCCCAGCGCCGUCCUUCAAAUGGGGGCUCAUCGAAGCAUCCUCGUGUGUAAAGGACGAUGUCGGCCAACGUCAGAUCCUCUUCCGGCCUCAUCCAAUCUUUAGAAUCAAAGACGCUGCCAUGCUCGAAAUUUUGGAGCUCUACAAGUCGUUCCUGACCUACAAAGAGCCUCUGCAUGAAGUUCGCAAAAGCCUCUGUCCGGUGUGCUGUGAGACCUUCGAUAUCAACAGCGAUGCAGAGAGGCACCGUAAAACUCGGGAACACAUAAUCAGGUUCGCCAAAUUGCAAUCGAGCGACGUCGACGAUAUGUGUUAAUCGUCGAGCCUUCAAUAGCUCUCCGAGCGUCAAGUCUCGCCGUCGAGGGUUUGUAAUGAGAUGCGGACUUGCUCCGAAGACUGAGCUGACAUGUCCGUAUCGAGCUCUGGAAACAGCGACACGUAUGGCUGAGAUUAUACCGAGACAGGAGAGCCUCCAUUGUCAUAGACACUCAGUCGUAUCUCGUUCGUCUUGUAUCCAUUGGUGCUGGAACGAGUCGUGUCCGACGUUUAAAGAAAAAGAUCGGAGAACGCCUCAUCAUAGUGUCCCUUCCAUGUAGGUAUGCUCUAAAAAUAAACACGAUCAUUGUCGAUUUCU